AUGGUUCAGCGUGCCCGUGUGUUGGCCUGGUCUCGUGCCAAGUGUUAUGGACUACAACGGCAGGAUACACAAGAUGAGGAAGACUCCGAGAUCCGGUCACCUAAGUUCGAAUUCGAGCGCGAGCAGUCUGCUUCAGAAGCAGAGAACUCCUUCCGCCUCGAUACCGUCGAGUCGGACGGGGACUUCUGGUGCGACUUGUUAUACAAGUGGAGCUCGGAUGAGCCCAGUGUUGACUGCCAAUGCAUUCUCGAUGCCACUCAGCUUGUUGGACCUAGCCUGAACAACCGCCACGACGACGUCCGAGAGGAUCUGUUGGAGUCGCUUUUCGAUUUAAGCCCUGAGCGCAUAUUCGAGGUCUUUGAAGCUCAUAGUUCCAGAACGCAUCUCUUAGCGACUGGCAAGCAGCUGGCGAAAGCCUUGCAGGCAUAUGGGCUGCCAGAGCCGGCGAUGCCGAUACGGCAAAAGAUAUUGGCGGCAGUUUCCCGCAACCCCAGCGAAGGGCUCCAGCUGCAAGAGUUCGAGGCAAUCGUGUCCCGUACGGUCCUGGCUCGUUUGGUGACAGGCUUGGAGCAGCACCCGCGGGCGAUCGAGUGCCUGAAGGUGACCGACUACAGCGUGCGCAGCAUCGAGCCAGAAAAGCCGCAACCAUUGUCAGAGGACAAAUGCAGGCAGUUUUUCUUUGGACACAGGCCUACGGUCUCGAAUGGUAUACAGUCUGCGGUGCGAUGGGUGCACGUCACAGGACUGGAGCUGUCAGUGGUUCUUGCCCUAGCAGUGAAGUACAGUUUGCAUCCGCUAGCUGUUGAGGAUACUAUUCAGCAGAACCCUUGUAAGAUUGACCGAUAUGGAGAUCACUACUUUGGCACCAUCGAGCGCAUAUCACUGACGCAUCAACGCAAAGAGCAUGGGCCAGUUGAGGUCAUGGGACAUCACGUAUCCUUUUUUUGCGCAGGCGCGCCCAACAUGGACACUGUCAUCACUGUUUGUCAAGAGGAUCAGUCUUUUGAAAAGGAGUGGCCUCACGCCGGCACGACCUCGGUCUCCACCACACUGCAAAGGCCCGAGCUGAAGCUCAAGAAGAUCGAGAAGCGUUUGCGCCAGCCGAUGUCGCGCCUGCGUGAGCGGCGUGCGAAUUUCUUCGUGCACGCUGUCCUUGAUAUUUGUGCAGACGAGAUCAGCGACGUGGUACGUGCGUUUGGAAAUCGGCUGCAAGUUCUGGAGCAGGAUGCAACCGAAGCGAACAGGGUCGACUCGGCUGGCCAAGAGGCAGCAACAAUCCGCACACAAUUGGCGUUAGUCGAUCGUCGUGGCAAGAGUCUGCAGCGCGUGGUGCGCCGAUUGCUCGCCGAUGAGGACUUCUCUGAAGGCAUGUUCAGCUACCUCAGUGACGUCGUGGACCACUUAGAAGAAGCUCGUGAUGAUUCUGGGCGCCUGGCCGAAAAGUGCAUCGGCCUGCAGCAAAUGCAUGACCGGCUGGCCGAACAAGAGCAGGACAAGCUCCUUCGGGAUCAGGAGAUGCUUCGCGCCAAGCAAGCAGACCGCCUGAACAACAUCCUCUUCGUUCUCACUCUGGUGACAACCAUUUUCUGCCCAGCACAAUUCCUGUGUGGUGUCUACGGCAUGAACUUUGUGGAUGAAGCUGGGCGCCCAGCAAUUCCCGAGCUGCUGUGGACAAAUGGCUACCUUUACUUUUGGCUGCUUAUUAUUGGCUACCUGAUUGUGGCUUUCGUGUCUGCGGCGUAUCUGUAUCGCUUCUUCAAGUCGCUGGACGUCAAGGUGUCCGCCGGUGCCCGUUUCGCAGAUGCCGAACCAGAGACACGCCAUCAUGCUGGAGGAUUCCGGAGAAGGAGGCAGUAUUAUUCGCUCAGCUCCAGCAGCCUCCUGGAAGCUGGUGCCGACCCAGAAGGUCAUCCUCACCCUCUUUGA